GUAUUGUUUCGUGAAGUGUGUUAGUCAUUUUCAUGAUGGAAAAUGGCUGACACCGAAAGUGUGCAGACCUGUGUGAGCCCCCUGUGUCGCGGUGGUGAUUCCCUUGAUGCCCACAUUGUCAUAGAGAGCUUGGUCUAUGCCUCUCCACUGACAAGUCCCUGGGAGACGAGACCUUAUGUAGGUCAAUAUAAACUGUUUCAACUAGGCAUGUUGAAAUCUAGACCCUCCAUAUUCAGUGCAGAAGUACAACUCCUUUAUUAUUUAUUCUUACAAGUAACUUAGUUUUAUAAGCUACUUAUUCCAGAGGUGUGUAAAGUAUGUUUUCAUUAAAGGCCAUCAUAAACAGUUGUGUUAAUAAAGGACCUUGUAUUUCCUUUCCUACUGCUCUCAGAAGGGGUGCAGUGUGGUAGAGAGUAUCAUGAACUUUGGAAUAGAAGAGACACAGAUUUAAACUUCCUGUUGCUGGCUAGCUAAGACCAAUUAUAUAGAAAUUAGGAAGAUACUCCACCAUCUGUGCAGCAUUUAUAGGACCAUGUAAAACCUUUGUUGAGGGAGAGAUUCACUGGGGGAAAUGAGAUGUGAUGUUAUUUUAAAAAUCAUAUUUCAUUUCCUGCAUUUCAUGUGAACUAAGAAUACAGUUUCCUAAUUGCUAAUUUAGUUUACUGAAAUGUGCUAGUGGUCUUUUAGAGGCAGUUAAUGCUGUUGUUUUUUUUUCUCUCUCUCUCUUAUUUUGGUCAGUUUUUGCCAUUGCUCGAUGGUUUCAAAAGCUAUCACAUGGCCACAGUGACACACACACACCGGGAGGCAUGAACAAUGUCCACGUGAGCCAAGCGACAUCGCUUGCUCAAUAUUUUCAGGGUGUACCAAGGAACACUUUCCUUCCCCAAUGGUGGCUGGCCUGUCCCUGGGAGAUGUGCAGCUUCUGCUGUGGUGGGUGUUACAUGUCCUUGGUGGUCACUGAAAUAGAUGUAUGUACAUGCUUCGUAAUUGCAAUUUCUCAUGCACUGUUCUAAUGUAGCUUUGAUAUUUCCUAGUAAUCAGGAAUAACAUAUAAUGCAAAGGGAACUUGUUUCAAAAAGGAGGGCCCGUCAGCCAAAGCUCACACAGAUAGGUGGGCAGAACUGAUAGGAAUGGAAGUCCCCUCUCCCUGGUUAUGUUUCCAUUGUAUUAGUAUUUGCCUCCUCUAGGAAACUUGCAGCGCAUUCCGUAGAUGGAUUGGGCUCCGUGAAUUAUGGCUCUACAGAGUGCAGUUUUGGUCAUCUUACAGUCUGUGUGUUCUAGGUAUUCUGGAGACUUGUGAGGAGAUUAAAACUGGACCCUUCUGUACUUGGAGAAAGUGUUUAUAGAUGUUGGAAAGGUGGUCCUGUGAAUGCUGGCUGAGCGUGGCAUGCAACCAGGGCUGGAGAGCGAGGCUGGCCUGCAUUGUCAUAGCAGUGAGGAAGCAGCUUCAUAAGGAAGGGCCACUGGAGGAUACUGACCCCAAGGACUUGUAUCUCAUUUCCAAAAACACCAUGGCAGAGCCAGACUACAUAGAAGAUGACAAUCCUGAACUAAUUAGGCCCCAGAAACUGAUCAAUCCUGUCAAAACUUCCCGGAAUCAUCAAGAUCUACACAGAGAACUCCUGAUGAAUCAAAAAAGGGGUCUUGCUCCUCAGAAUAAGCCAGAGUUGCAGAAGGUGAUGGAAAAGAGAAAACGAGACCAAGUAAUAAAGCAAAAGGAAGAAGCAGCACAGAAGAAGAAAUCAGACUUGGAGCUAGAACUGUUAAAGAGGCAGCAGAAGUUGGAGCAGCUUGAACUUGAGAAGCAGAAAUUGCAAGAAGAACAAGAAAAUGCCCCAGAGUUUGUGAAGGUGAAAGGCAAUCUCAGGAGGACAGGCCAGGAGGUGGCCCAAGCCCAGGAGUCCUAGGCUGCGCAGAGACCUGGCGUGUCCCCUCGUUCCCGCAAGAGCUAGGUCAGACCUUGCUUCCUUAGCUCUCACUUCAGGGCCAGAGCCCCACCAGAGAACCCAGCCAGCUGAGAAUCCCAACUGUUGAAAGGACUUCGUUGGAUCGUCCUACAAUCUGGUUGGAUAAAGUAUAUAUGACAGGUAUAGAACCCAUUGGCCAAAUAAAGGAUAUCAUUGACCAGCAACUAAGUUGGAAUAAUGGACCCAUGUUGAGAGACUUAAAAAUGAAAUAAAAAAGAAACGGAAAACAAGGAAGUGGACACUGGAAUAAAUUCUUGAAAGUUGCACUGUUUGGUUUUCUUUCCAAUCCAAGUUUAGGAGGGCAUUGAGCCUUGUUUCUCUAAAAAGUUAAAACCUGUGUAAUGCUUCUGGUUAUCUAGUAGAUAAUUUAGAUGACAUACGAGUGUAUUGACUUUAAUGCAUCCAAUAUUUGUAAAUUUAUUUGGAGAAAUUUGAAAUUUUUCUAGCUUAAUUUAUCCUUGGACCCAUGUUAGAAUUAAAAGCAGAGGGUGAUAAUGUUAAUGUUGAGCACAGUUGCUAGGUUUGUUGGCACUAAAAUUCGGAAAUGGGGUAAGAAAGUUAAAAAAAAAAAACAACGCACCGUCUAACUUGAUCUUGUUUUAAUUGCUUUUGGUUCUGUGAGGAUUUGCUGCUUAGUGGCAUUCCACUUCUAAGGGCCAUGAGGUCAGUCCAUCUAUGGCUUUAACAACCUAUAGGUUUUCUAUUCAGUUUCAUUUUUUAGUUUCUUGCUGAGCUAUUCCUUGAGAUGAAAGAAUUCUUCAGUCUUAGAGAAUGGAAUGAUUCUGUACAACCCAGCUUUGUCAAAAGGAUAAGGUCCAGAAUCUUCUCAUCUCCUGAGAGCAGGGUAGGUGGAGUUCCUAAUUAGGAGUUGGAGAUGUGGACUUUAGGUAUUUUAAUGUGAAGCAAAGAUCUGUCUGGAGGAGGCCUUAUUGGAAGGGUUUAUAGUGUUUGUGCAUUAGGAAUAUCAUUUAGAAUCCUGGCUUUGAAAAGUUCUGACUAAUGAUUGCAUCUCUCUUGCUCUUUUCUUUUGAAGAAAGCCAAUUUCAGCACCUCUCCUCAAGGGGAUGCUAUUGGAAGGAUUAUGUUGAUGACUACUGUAGUGUGUCUCAGGAAAAGCUGAGGGCAGGAUGAGGCAGCUUUGCUUCCUCACGCUAGCUAGCACAGCAUGCAGAGACACCCAAGUGACAAGUAACAGCAGAGUUCUCAUGCAUGAUUAAUUUUACACUGCUGGUGUGGGACAGUGUUUGUGGAUUUUGUAUGGUCUCCCUAGAGAAAAUUCAACUAGUCAUUGUAGUGUUGGAGCCCCCUUGUAAUUCCUUUCAAGGUGCCUAGAAAGCUUGAUCUAGAGCUUCAGGAUUCUUAAUUAGUAGAGUAAAUAUGGUCUUUCCAUUGGAAUGCUUUAGUCUGGUGGCUGACAGGUCCAUAUUCAGUCCAGAUGUGAACAAGGUAGCAGUAAAUGGCUGGGAAACUCACCCCCAGAGGAACAUGUUAGCUGUUUAUGCCUGGUGUAAAUUGUCUCAUUGGCGGCAAGUAUUAUCUAAGUAAACCGAGAUGCUUACUGAUAAAAUGCUGCUCCUUCCUAGCUUGCUUUCAAAGUUUUGUAUGGUCGCUAUUUUGUUGUCCGUCUUUCUUUUGAGAGAAGAAAGUGCUGUCACUGGUUGAGUUGAAAGAGCCUCUCUGAUUGCCCGUGUGUGUGUGAGUGGCCUAAUGAUGUGGUUUGUAAAGUGAAGCUUGGGGCUGGCUCCUGCCUUUUGAUCCAACUGUAUGUUACUAGAUCUUGAGAUCUGUGUUCCCAGAGCGAUUCUACCACUUGACAGAAUUCUUAAAGGCUCUUUCAGGCUCCUCCUAAUGGAUUGAUUCUGCUCACCCAACACUGG